CCUUGCAGUUUGGAUAGUGCCUGGUAUAUUGUUACUAUUAACAUAUGCUAGAUGUAUGAAUCUGAUUGUGCCAAUUUUUAUUACUGCUGGUCAGUGGCAGUGAGGUUACCCAGGGGGAUUCCCAGAUCUGAGCCACUUUACUGGCCGGGAGAAAGCUGUGGGGCGACCAUUCACCUUUCCUACCCAGAGCUGGUUUAUCUGUAGAGGAUGAGAAGGCGGAGCCCAUUCUGUGUAUGAAGACAGUCAGAAUGAACCCCGCCAUGGGGCAUGACCCAAUGUCAUCCGAAUCCAGUCAUAUGCAACUUUUGAAUCAUGGAGCCAUUGACUUUUUGGAAGCACCUAUGAAUGCAGAUCAGCCCUAUGGAAUGGACCAUCAUGGCUCCUAUAUGGCACAAGGUGCUUAUGACCCCUAUGGUUACAGCCAGAAGACUAAUUAUAUGGUACACCAAGGUAUCAAAAGUCAAGUCUUUGAUCCCCAGGGUAUGUAUGAGAUGCAGAGCCCUACCACGAUGUCAGACAUGAGUAUGUCCCCCUCUCCACCCCCACCCCCCAGAGUUUACAAACCCUGUGUAGUGUGUAGUGACAAGUCCUCAGGAUAUCAUUAUGGUGUCAGCUCCUGUGAAGGAUGCAAGGGAUUCUUUAGGAGGAGUGUUCAAAAAAACAUGCAAUACACUUGCCACAAGGAUAAGAACUGUCCUAUAAACAAAGUGACCAGAAAUCGCUGCCAGUAUUGUCGUCUUCAGAAGUGUUAUGCAAGUGGGAUGUCUAAAGAAGGUAUCUUAAGCAAUGCGGUGAGAAAUGACAGAAAUAAAAAGAAGAAGCCCAAGUUAGAAAACCCCUCGUCCAAUACUGAGGAGAUCACGGAAGACGAACAGAGUGUAUUACAGGACAUUCUGGAGGCCCACAAAGUGACGUUCCCCCAGAUAGAGGAGGCAGUGUUAUCUCCCAUGUCCUGUCAUGACUCGCGGAGUGAUAUCGAAAACGACGAGGCAUCAAAAGAAAAUACACAAAAUCAAAAGAAAGAAAAAUCAAUGUUAUGGGACAAAGUGACAGAACUUUCAUCAAAAGGAAUUAUUAAAAUUGUGGAAUUUGCCAAGAAAAUGCCAGGAUUUACCUCCCUUUCUACCUCAGAUCAAAUUACUCUCCUUAAGGCAGCUUGUUUAGAAAUCAUGAUUUUACGAUUGUGUUCACGCUAUGACUUAGACAAAGAUGUGAUGUUAUUCAAUGGGGGACUCAGUCUAGAUCGGGAACAGCUACAGAGAGGGGGCUUUGGUUCUCUAACAGACACUAUAUUUAAAUUCGCCUCCUCUCUGAAAGUGUUGGACAUUGAUGAGACGGAAUAUGCUGUGCUAUCUGCCAUCUGCCUGAUAUCUGGAGACCGCUCAGGACUAGAAGAUCCAGAGAAAGUGGAACAGAUGCAGGAACCUAUACUGGAGGCAUUGAAACAUUACGUCAGGUCUCGACGGAAAGACCUGCCCAAUGUUUUUGCUAAAAUUCUUUAUAAAGUUACAGAUUUACGAAGUAUAAGUGUCAAAGGAGCUGAACGGGUUCUUCAUCUGCGGUUGGAAAUGCCAGAUGAACUUCCGCCAUUAAUCAUAGAAAUGUUGGACAGACAGGAAAAUGUGUGUAUUCCUUGAUCUGGAAUGUGACAAAAUAGGCAGUUAAUAUAAUACUCCAUAUACAAUUUUUGCAUCAACACAGAACGAAGUUAAGAUCUGAUUCCACACCUGUGAAAAAUGUUUUCAAACCAGUGAUAGCAAAAAACAAAAAAACUAAAGCAACACAAAGCUGUUUUUAUUGUGCAGACAGAACCUGGUCUGUGAUCCAACAAUUUGGCUGUGGGUGAAUUUCUGGUACAUAUGGAGGCAUCUCUCUUGGUGAUGGACCUCAGUGUUAUUUAUUCUUCGUAUGAUUGUCACGGACUUCUGGCACACAUACUAAGGCCGUGUGUGUGACCAAAUGGAGACUGUUGAGAGUCUUUUAAUGAUAUUGUGGAUGGUAAUAGGACAGUGUGUGUAUAACUAAACAUGGUUAUGUGUGAAUAAUAUUAAAUUGCUGCUGUUUUUCCUCUGCUUUUAUCAGACUACAAACUUUUUUUUCGAUUGGAAAAAAAAUGAUCUCAUUCAAAAUUUCUUUAUAUGUGUGUCAUAAGUCUUAAUUGAUUAUCAUGUUUCAUUCUGGUUUUUUGGUGUGUUUAUAAUGAGGUAUUUUCAGUUGACAGUUUUCUCUAUGUACACAAGAAAUUUUGUAAAUUAUACAUAGUACUUGUACUUGACCCUUCCUUUUAUGUAAUUUCUAAAUAUUUAAAAAAUAUUUCACUGGCAUACAUCCUUAAAUGCCUUGUAAGAAAUGUCCUCGUUAAAGUUGUUUUUGGUUACGAUAACUUACUUGGUAUGUCAUUUCUAAAGGACGAGAUAUCCAUGAAUUUUAUAAAAAUUAAGUAACCAACGAAAGAAACUUUUUGCAAUAUAUUUUUAUGGAUUCAGAAAGUGUUUUAAAACCAUGUUUAAUUUUCAACAUUUAAUCAAUUGUAUUUCAAAAUAAUGUUACAAGGUGAAAAGAUGGAUAUACUAUAGUAUAUGUUACAAGAAACUUGGAAGUUAAUUUUAAGCAUUAGAAUUUUUCAGGUUAGUGUACCAAUGAAGUUCAACUGAAUUUUUUUUUUAUGUGAAUAGGGGCAUCAAACCUGUAGGAAGGUCAUAAGUAAGGUCAUUAUAGGUAGACAAGUUGUGAUAUAUUAUUCGAAGUUUGCUCAAUAUUGUCUUACCAAUUCUCUACCUCCUAUUGUGAAAAUUUGACAAAUAUCUUUUUAUUAUCUGUAUAGUUAUAGUAUUCCAAAGUUUUAUUUCUGUGAAAGUUUUCAAGACUGUGUCCUCAGUGAAGCAGUGUAGGGUUAUUGAAAUACACUGCUGAUCAGAAUGUUAACGAGAUAGAGUGUAUUUUUUGAUUGUUUUGGGAUGAGUGCUUCAUUUCACAUAUCGGUUCUGAAGGGGACUCCAAGUUAUACAUAAUUCACAAUUUAAGGGUAAUUUUUUUAAAUUUGCUCACUUGCGAAAAUCCAGUUUGGCCAACAAUAGAAAAUAAUUUGUUUGAUGUACUCCGACUGACCCAUCCAAAUUACGCCUUCCUUAUCAUUUUUUUUUUUCAGUACUUGUCAAUUUUUUUAUUCUUUUUUUGUUUCCAAGAAAAUGUAUUGUUAUAUUGUCCUUAUACAUCUAAACAAUAACUUUUAAGGAUUAUCAUUUCUGAGCAUUUUAUACUUAAAGCAAUUACAGCAAUAAAUAUUUAAUUUUUCUACUAAUGCUUAGUGUACAUUGUAAAAACAAUAAAUUUCUAAGUUUGUAAUUUUAACAAUGAUUUUCUGUAUGUUAUAAGAUAAUUAAAAAAUGUUCCUCCAUCCCCACCUUAAAAAAUGUGGGUCGGAGUACAUUGAACAAAAAAUUUUAAGUAUGGCCUUAUUUAAAAUUUAAACAAGUUUAUGUUUUCUCAUUAUUUAUUGCAGUUUUUGUAGAGUGGCAAAAUUUGUUGAGAGAGAGCUAAAAUAACCAAAAUUUUAUACACUUUGUAAAUGACAUUUGUGAACACAGAUGCUUUGUUUUGGUGUACAAUUGAGAAUGUUUGAAGUCUUGAAGAAGCUGAAAUUGUUAUUUUGCAGCAUGCGUCCUUCAUAUUCUCAUUUAAUUCUGUAAUUUUAUAAAAUUAACUUGAACAAAGUUUAAACUUCAUUUAAGUUGGAGCAUAGCUCUACAAUAAUACUCUGUCAAAGUUCUCCGGUGAAAUUUCUCUAUUGUUAUAUUCCAGUAUGAUAUUUCAUUCAUCUUCAAACUUAAAAUAUCACAUGGUUUGAUUGGAAAAUUUAUGAUUCAUAAGUAGCGUUAAUCUAAAUGAAUUUAAUUAAUCUAAUUAAGAUAGUUACCUUAAAGAUUUCUCAUUGAAAGGCUCUUUCAUUAUAAAAUAUAUUCAUUGUAGUGUGCUUGUACAUGUAAUGAAGUAAUUGGCACAGUUGUGUUUGGUUUAUAAUGUAAUUGAUGUAUGAAUGAUACAUGUGAAAUUUAAUGUUUAAAAUCUUUUUAUAUGUAUAUAUUAUCAGUCCCAGAUUUCUAGACUACUAGAUGAAAAUAAGUGUGGUAGUUUUAUAUGCAACAGAAUUUUUUGUUUAAAUUUAGAUCUUUGUAUACUUUUGAACAGGUUUCAAGAAUUUUUAUGUGCUAAAUUAAAUCAAAUAGAAGAAACACCAAAUUAAGAAUAUUAAGCCACCAUACCAUUCUAAGGGAAAAUACCAGGGCUGCAUUCAAGAUACUGGUAGUGGCAGCUAGCCUAGCAGCUAGGCAGUGCAGUAAAACUCAGGUUUAAGUCACUGGGACCUAUGAAAUGACUUUGCUAUAUCCGUUAUUCGUUACAUUAGCAUUAGGAAUUCAUUAAUUUAAUAAAGCUUGGGAUGCAGGAUAACUUUGCUAUAUCUGUGAAUUUGCAAUAUCUGUGUUCCUACUAAACAAGUUUUACUGUAGAUAUCUCUGUUGAAGGGACAGCUCAUGCAUUUAGCAUAAACUUUUAAAGUUCUCCAAUUUGCAGUUAGGCUAACAUAUCAGUGAGGAUUGUAGCUUUAUGCAGGCUUAAUAGCCACUGUCCUCUUGAAUGCACCCCAGUAUAUGCAUUACAUAUAGAAAUAUGCUCUCUUUUUGUGCGUUUUUGAAUGCUAUAAAUUUAGCAGUCGGGUUAAAUUGAUUGCCCAUAUCCAAAUUUCAUGUAUCCUGAAAUCAAAGGCCUUUUGGAUAUAUUUAUAGAGUCGCUUCAUUGGUAUGGUGGUUUUGAGUAAAAGCUAAGAAAAGCUUUAGCAUAAAAUUUAUCAUUUAAUGAUAACACACCAAAAUAUUUUGGUGUCAGAAUCUUAAUCAUUUUAGAAAAAGAUGAGCUUCUUUUCAUACAGAAAUGAUACAGAUUUUAAAAUUUUCAGUAAUUGAAAAUAGGUGCAGUUCUCAUUACUCCCUUAAUCACCUGUAGUAUGUUACGAAUUCAUUGAGUGUAUGCGGUGAAUGUUAUAUUUUGUUCUUGUAUGAUAAACUACCUCAUCAGAAAAAAUAUUAAACAUUGAUUGUGAAA